AUGAGAACAAGAAUGAAGAUGUCUUUAAAUGGAUAAAGAGGAAAAGAAAGAGAAUCCUCAAAUGAUAAAAAUGCAGCCUCCAUCAUAAAGGGAGCCAUAUAGACUACAGAUAUAUAAAAUGAAACUAACAAAUAAUGUUAAUCUAAUUAUUAAGUGCAAAAUUAAAAAUAACAACAAUAAAAAGAAACUAAAGAGUAAUAAAAAAUAGAAGAAAAGCAAAAAGAAUAAUAGGAGUAAAAAUAGUAAUAAUCAAGUCAAGAGAAGUAGAAUAAGGCUUAUGAAAUAACAAGAAAAAAGAUCAAAAAAUAAAUAAAGAAAGAUUGA